CUCUGAGGGCUGAUGUGUUGCUAAUGAUGGUUGAUAUUGUGUUUGAAUUCCCAAGACCCACCAUGCCAAAUAUUGUGUACAUUGGAGGCUUCCAGUGUAAACUAGCCCGUCCACUAGCAGCAGAGUCUGAAGAGUUUGUUCAGGGCUGUGAGGAGCAUGAACUUAUUGUGAUGUCACUGGGGGCAUUGGUAGAUUCCUUGUCUGAGCAGAUUAGAAUGGAAAUAGCUGAGGCUUUGCUCAAGUACCCCAGAAGGUUAUUUGGAGAUAUGAUGGGGAAUCCCUCCCAUAAACUACUGACAGAAUGGAUCCCUCAGAACGACCUUCUGAGACACCCCAACACACGAGUCUUCAUUUCUCAUGGUGGUACCAAUGGCAUUUACCAUGGUGUGCCAGUGAUCAGCAUGCCUCUCAUUUUUGACCAGUUUGACAAUGUAGUCAGACUUGUAUCCCAAAGUGUAGCCAAGGUACUUAAGAUUUCAACAAUGCAUUCAACAGAUCUAUUGCAGGCACUUAAUGAGGUGAUAAAUGACACACUUUUCCGGGACAACAUGAAGAAACUCUCUGCUCUCCACCGAGACCAACCAGGGUCGCCAAUGAAGUGAGCCGUUUUCUGGAUGGAGUACGUUGCCUGACACAAAGGAGCAGGGCAUUUGCGCUUUGAAUCCUACCGACUGCCCUGGUCCACUUACUAUUGUGUGGAGGUAACACCCACCAAAGUUGCUGGUGAACGCAGCAGGCCAGGCAGCAUCGCUAGGAAGAGGUACAGUUGAUGUUUCAGGCUGAGACCCUUUGUCAGGACUCAACGUCGACUGUGCCUCUUCCUAGAGAUGCUGCCUGGCCUGCUGCGUUCAUCAGCAACUUUGAUGUGUGUUGCUUGAAUUUCCUGCAUCUGCAGAAUUCCUUUUAAUUGUGUGGAGGUGAUGGUUUUUCUGUUGUCCCUGUUAUUCAUGGUCGCAGUGCUGGUGGUUGUAGCACUGAAGAAACUUUGUCAUUCUGGAUAUAGAAGAAAGCAAAAGACUGAGGAAGGUUAACCUAUUUUAUGUUGGGAGAUGUAGUUUUCUGUUUUUAAAAAUUAAUUGAAGAUGUUUUUCCUGCAGAUAAUCCAUGGAACCUGAUAUUAUGGAAAUAAUAAUCAGGAGUAGUAAAAUAGUUGAAGCAGUGAUUUGCAGCCAUUUUUUGGGUUACUGCCCUCUGGGCUCUCUAAGCACGUAUCCAGUGCCCUCCUCUCUCUUUCUGGCUAGUACACAUAAACUAUUUAAAAAAUUCCUUUUAUGAUGCACAGUUAAAGAAAUUGGAACUGCAAAUUUAAAGCAGUGACAAAUAAUUGCAAAAAUUAUUGCGUUUUUCAAAGUGACAAAUAAAAUUAUUUAUUUAUUUGAUUACAGUGAAAGCAAUUUUCAUUAAGAAUUUCAGAGUGUUCAUUGGUAGUUCAGUCAUUCACUGUAAGUUCAUUGUAUUUUCACCUUUCUGUGAGAUUGAUGGGCUUCAUGCAAUGACAACAGCCUCUCAACAUCUGGCUGGACACCACUCAGAAGGAGUUUCAGAUCCCCAGGUUCAGUGAUUUGCAGUCUGUUUCGCUGCUUGUAAGAUGGCAGCAGUGAUCAUUGGCAAUGUUCUGUCGACUGCAAACAGUAGUUGUAAAUAUACUCUUUGAUAUACCUAUUUUGAAUUACUCUCUCUGCAAUUUGCAGCAUGUAACUUCCCUCCAAGCUAAUUAAUAAUCUACAGAUCUCAUGAAGGACUCAGUUGUCAAAGCAGAUGGCUAUUCUGCAGUAGCUGUCCCCUCAAUAAUAAGUCUACCACUUUGGAUACCAUUGAGGGGCUUGACCCACCAGUGGAAGCUGCAGUGACCGGGUUUCUGACGCUGAAUCAGAAGAGAGGUGAAGAGGUCUGCAAUGCUGAUAGGAGAUUAAUAGAGACGUGAAUCUAUGGCGUGAUUGAGACACCCAGAUGGUACGUUGCCUCCCAGGUGACAGGGCAGGGAUGUCACGAAUUGGGUCCACAGCAGUCUAAAGAGGGAGGGUGAGCAGUCAGAAGUCUUGGUACAUGUUGGUAGUAAUGACAUAGGCAGAAUGGUGAGGGAAUUUAGGGAGCUUGAUAGAAAGCUGCAAAGCAGGACCUCCAGGGUAGUAAUCUCUGGGUUGCUACCCAUGCCACGCACCAGUGAGGGUAAGAAUAGGAUGGUUUGGCAGAUGAAUGUGUGGCCGAGGGAAUGGUACAGAGGACAGGGUUUCAGAUUUCUGAUCAUUAGUAUCUCUUCCGGAGGAGGAAUGACUACUACAAAAGGGAUGUGUUGCUCCUUCCCUUUAUUCUAUGGUCUAUUGUCCUCUCCUAUCAGAUUCCUUUUUCUUUUUCCCAUUGCCUUUUCCACUAGUCACUUGCCAGGUUCUCACCUCAUUCCCUUUCUUCCAACUUCCUACCCCGGAUUCACCUAUCACUAGGCAGCUUUUGCUACUCCCUCUCACCACUCUUUCAUUUUGGAUUCUGCACGUUUCUUUUGAGUCCAGAUGUAGGGUCUUUGCUUGAAAAUUUGUCACUUCAUUCCGCUCCCUCCCCCCACACCUGUUGAUGCUGCUUGACCUGUGGAGUUCUUCCAGCAUUUUGUGUGUCUCUUCCAUAUUUCCACCAUUUGCAAUCUCUUUGAUUUUCUAUUUUACAGGGGAAAACCAAGGUCAUCUACUGUUAUGCGAAAUUAAGUAAUUUCCUUUCACUGGGCCACAAAUUUUUGUGAUUCACUAGCAGAUGUGACCUUUCCUGUGCCUUUUUUGUUAAUUAUGCUAUAAGUUAGUCAACUCUCAGGCUGGUUCACUCAUCAGUUAGCUCAUGCAUGAUCUGAAUCACGAGCCCAUCUGCCCUCUUCAGGAAUGGAGAGUUGGGUGAAGAUGCACUGGUCCAGGUUGUUGGGUUAGAGCUGGAAGAUGUCAGCAGCUUGAUACUCCUAGGUGUUCCUAGAUUCCGAACA